ACAGUCGGCAGCGUGCCCGCUUCCAAGAUGGCGGCGGCGGCGGCGGCGGCGGCGAUGUCCGGCGCGCUCGGCCGGGCGGGCUGGAGGCUCCUGCAGCUACGGUGCCUGCCGGUGUCCCGUUGCCAAUCAGCUGUGGUGUCACGCGCCUUCCAUGCUUCAGCCAUGCAGCUAAAGACUCCAGAUGAGCAGAAACAACCACCUCCCCCAUCUUUUUCUCAGCAACAUUCUGAGACACACGAGGCAGAAGAACCCAAUCCAGAAUCUUCUCGUUCCCCUCCCAGGUACACAGAUCAGGGCGGUGAGGAGGAGGAGGACCAUGAGAGCGAGGAGCAGCUGCAGCACCGCAUCCUGACGGCAGCCCUGGACUUUGUGCCUGCGCACGGGUGGACAGCAGAGGCCAUCGCAGAAGGAGCCCAGUCCCUGGGUCUGUCCAGUGCGGCAGCCAGCAUGUUUGGGAAUGACGGCAGUGAGCUGAUCCUGCAUUUUGUGACCCAGUGCAAUGCUAAGCUCGUUCGAGUGCUGGAAGAGGAGCAGAAGCUGGUACAGCUGGGCCAGGCAGAGAAGAGGAAGACAGACCAGUUCCUGAGGGACGCAGUGGAAACCAGACUGAGAAUGCUGAUCCCGUACAUUGAGCACUGGCCCCGGGCCCUCAGCAUCCUCAUGUUUCCUCACAAUAUCCCAUCCAGCCUCAGCCUGCUCACCAGUAUGGUGGAUGACAUGUGGCACUACGCUGGGGACCAGUCCACUGACUUUAACUGGUAUACCCGGCGAGCUGUGCUGGCUGGCAUCUAUAACACGACAGAGCUGGUGAUGAUGCAGGACUCCUCCCCAGACUUUGAGGACACUUGGCGCUUCUUGGAUAACCGGAUUAAUGACGCAAUGAACAUGGGCCACACCGCCAAGCAGGUAAAGUCCACUGGAGAGGCACUGGUGCAGGGACUCAUGGGUGCAGCAGUGACGCUCAAGAACUUGACAGGUCUGAACCAGCGCCGGUGAGCAUCACGGGGUGUGAGCUAGAGUGCCCAGAAGAAAAGCUACGGAUACAUUGAAAGGGCUUUGGAAAAUAAGAAGUGCCAUCCACGGAACAGGGUGUUAAUGGGAAGACACUGAAGGACUCCUUAGUCACUGCGACUGCCACCCAGGCUCUCGCUGCUGCUGUAGCCUGCCAUUGGGCCACCUCCUCAGUUCCGAAUACCAGGCCAGGCCUUUUGAUGCCUUUCUGCGUUGCAGCUGUGUGAUUGGAAAAUGAAGCUCUCAUCCAAGCCUUCGAGCCACAGAAACCCAGCACGUCCCUGUCAUGGUCUCACGGAUUCCUUGAUCACGUCUUAACCUUCCUGGAGUGUUCUCUGGGGCUCCCAGAUCAGAGUCGUGGUGUGGAACCAGUACAAGGUGGCUGGCCACCCCCGGCACAGCACAGACUUGUGCACAUAGGUGGUCCUCGCACCGCUCUCCUCGCUGGUAUCUGAGAUGCUGCACCUGGGAACCCGUCAGAAAGCUGCCACACCUGAGACCAGUGCCUCUGGACAGCGGUGCUCAGCUCGGCCAGAGGUGGGAACCCAGGCCCGCUGUCACAUUACACCAGCUCGUGUGGCAGGGUUAUUAGUGAACUUAAGAGUGUAAAAAUAGUAAUAAAUAUGUUUGAAGCAGU